AUGUAUGAGUCUGCUCAUGUCUAUCUAUCUAUCUAUCUAUCUAUCUCAGUCUCUUCACUAUCUAGCUAUCUACUUCAUUUUGUGAUCUAUCUGUCUAUCUAUCUAUGUAUGGGUCUGCUCAUGUCUAUCUAUCUAUCUAUCUAUCUAUCUAUCUAUCUAUCUAUCUAUCUCAUCUGCUCAUACUUAUCUAUCUAUCUAUCUAUCUAUCUAUCUAUCUAUCUCAUCUGCUCAUAUCUAUCUAUCUAUCUAUCUAUCUAUCUAUCUAUCUCAGUCUCUUCACUAUCUAGCUAUCUACUUCAUUUUGUGAUCUAUCUGUCUAUCUAUCUAUGUAUGAGUCUGCUCAUGUCUAUCUAUCUAUCUAUCUAUCUAUCUAUCUAUCUAUCUCAUCUGCUCAUACUUAUCUAUCUAUCUAUCUAUCUAUCUAUCUAUCUAUCUAUCUCAGUCUCUUCACUAUCUAGCUAUCUACUUCAUUUUGUGAUCUAUCUGUCUAUCUAUCUAUGUAUGAGUCUGCUCAUAUCUAUCUAUCUAUCUAUCUAUCUAUCUAUCUAUCUAUCUCAUCUGCUCAUGUCUAUCUAUCUAUCUAUCUAUCUAUCUAUCUAUCUAUCUAUCUAUCUAUCUAUCUCAGUCUCUUCACUAUCUAGCUAUCUACUUCAUUUUGUGAUCUAUCUGUCUAUCUAUCUAUGUAUGAGUCUGCUCAUGUCUAUCUAUCUAUCUAUCUAUCUAUCUAUCUAUCUCAGUCUCUUCACUAUCUAG